AUGAUUGCAGCUCUUAAACGAAAACCUUCAUUACCUAUCUCACUCACUGGUGGUGGUAAUAAGCAAUCAUCGGAUGACCAGAGCACGACCACCAGCUUGUCAAGCAAAUUAAAAUCUUCAUUGGCACUAUUUGGCAGCCAUCUCAAUGUACAAGAUAACAACACACGACGUUUUGCAAAUGAUGAAGCAUUUGAACGAUAUCAUUAUCGAAAGCAAUCCUUAUCCAACAUGACUCUCGACUUGAAACGAGAACCACGAGGAAGACGUCCUAGCGAAGGCAAUAGUAAUAAUGCAGCGACAAAAGGCAUCCUUGUUAAUAAUUCAACAUCCCACAAACGACCUGGUCAUCAUCGACAUACACAUAGCCUAUACCAACAACCCACACAAAAUGCACCAUCACCAGGACGAAAGACACAUCGACGUAGCAAAACCGCCAUCACCAUGCGACCCUCUAUUGGUGUACAUUCCUCCGGUGAGCUUACAGCCAAGGAAUUCGCCGAUAUGGCAGGCAUCAAGAUUUUGCCUAAUGAUGAGCUGCUUUUGGUACCAACAACGACAUGUACAACACCUCUGCUGUCGUCAUCUUUAGUAUCCACCACCUCCUCCUCGAACAUCGACACCAGCAGCAACAGCAGGGUCUUGAACGAUGAAUUGGUAUUGGUGGAUAAAAGAGGAGGUGGUGCAUCUUCAGCAACCACCAGUAGUGGAAGUAGCCAAUUACCACAACAACAAUCAUCACAUUGCAGCUGCUGCAAUUGCUCUUCGGCCAUCAGUGUCAGCAGCAUGGAUGAACCUGUUACACCAACUACAUUAUCUGCUGCAACACCGCAGCAACAGCAACAAGAUACUACUAUUACUACCCUUGACUAUCAUAAGAAAACAACCACCACGGCUGAUACAAAGAGUGAUCAUGACAAGCAGCAGCAGCAGCAGCAGCAGCAGCAACCGCAUAUAUGGGAAGAUGCCUUUUGGCGAGACCCUCGCAAGGACCACCAUGAACCACCCCCAAUUGUUCACGAGAUGCGGACCCACAAUACCAUUGUUAUUAAACGAGGUCGCUUUGAAAUUCAUUUGGAACCUUCCACAACAACGACACACGUUCCAUAG